AUGACUUACCCCUCCUGGGAGCUCAGGAAACCCGAUCAUGGCUCAAACUCAGCUCGCAAUUUGAGCAAUCAAGCCUUGAAGGAGGGGCAAUGCAGGAGUGUUUAUUUUCUGUCGAGUUUAGGAGGGAAUAGACAUAGGCAUGCCAUAUUUGGAGUAAAAAUCAAAGGAGGAAAAAUUUUGGGAAAAGGUCGAGAAUUUCUUGAGCCUGUUUCCAAGCUUUUCGAUAGAAGUAACCGUGAUGUCCCAGCAGGAUAUAAUGUGGUGGCUACCAGGUUGAAUAGCCCUACCGAAUUGUAUUUGUUGUUCCAAAAUGAUGAAAAACAGAAGCCCUUCGGCAAGCACCACUAUCACUCGGCAUGCACUUUUGACAUAAUGACUAAGGAAUUGAAGUCGUUCGAGCCCCCUAAGCAGCAUAAAACAGAUGCACUUUUAAUUUCAGCCUAUGACAAGCUUUAUCAUCUCGCAGUAUCGGCCGUUGAGGUUUAUGAUCCACAGGCCUGCUCCUGGAAGAGUUGCUCUUCAUUUCCUCACUAUCAGGAGGAGGAUUGGUCUAGCUCUAGGAUGACGGGUUAUGCUAUUUGUUACGGCUGUAUUUUGGUUUCUGUAGAGCCUCCUGAGACAUGUGAGCGUCGUGAAUCUCCUCUGUGGGUAUAUGACGUGACUUUGGAUGAAUGGAGUGAGGUUAAAGUCCCUACCGACGAUGAUUCUGACUUUCAUUACCCUUUUACAGAUAAAGCUGUAGUAAUAGACGAUACUAUUUAUGCCAGAUCUUUUGAGGAAACAGUUGUAGCAUUCUCUCUUAUGAGGAAACAAAUGGUAGAUGGUAGUAUGGAGUACUCUGUGGACAAACCACGAAAGCUGCAUGGCUUGCGUACUUGUUUUCACUUGGAUCCUGAUUGUUAUAGUGUAAGUGAUUGUUUGGUUCAUUUGGGGGGCUUUAACUUCUGCCUUGUGCAAUCUAUCCAGAAAUAUUUCGACAGGCAACGUGUGUUCAUCACCACAUUUGAUAUUAUUUACAAAGAAGGAAAGAGGCGUAUCCGUACUCUAGAUACUACCAUGCGUGAAGUAGAUAUUAGCUGUCUUGGUCAAUUUUAUAUUGAAUCAGGCUUCACGCUAGAAUGUGAAGAAGGAAACGAGAUUGUUAGCACCAGCAGUAUGAUGCAGCCAACUGAUGAUCCUCGAUUGUGCAAGCUUCAACAGGUCUGCAGUAAAAGACAAGAUAAGGAAGCAGAAAAGAAGACGGAGACAGAUGAAAUCGAAGUUGAGUUCGCGGAAAAUAACCUUGUUGGGUAA